CGCUUGGUCGUAUUCAGAUAGCUCCUAAACCUCGUUGAAUGUAGAUCGAUUGACCAAGAUAACCGCAAUUUUAACCACCACCAUUGUUCAUCCCAAGUAACACCUCAAAACCAAUCCUCUUUUAUCCACGGUCUCUCUUGCACGACCAUUCCGUUGUUGCAGCGUUUCGAAGAAGGUAAAUAAGAGAGAAAUGGGUGAGGUGGCUGUCAAUGGUUUGGUGAUGGCGGCCGACCCGGUGGUUCUCAGCGGAGAUGAGGGUGAUGAAGUGGUGGUGAAUGGCUCUUCUCCUUUGGAAGCGAAGGAAAACUUAGCUGGACUUGUUAACGGUGUGGUAACUCUUAAUGAACGCGUUAAGCGCAGAGCCAAGCGGCCCUCCAAGUUUUUAACCAAAGAAUUGAAUCGUGCAAAUUCUGAUUCGCAAGUGAUCAUCGCACCGCUCAGGGCGCUUAAAAACUCGCGAAAAUCCCGCAAUGGUUUUGGUCGUGGUCUGCCCAAGAAGGGUGGAGCAGGUGGUAAAGGAACCUGGGGUGCUUUAGGCUCUGAACUGGCUGAAGAAGAAGUAGAUGGUGCCAUCGAUACCAAUGAUCCUAACUAUGAUGAAGCAAAUCCUGAAAACAAGGACGUUAGACUGAAAGUCAUAAACCUUGAUCGGUCCGAUGAAGAGAUACAGAAACAGAUAUCCUCUUUGGUAGCAGAGUAUUUUGAUCAUGGUGACACCCAUGAAACCUUCCUGUCCUUACAAGAAUUAGGGGUUUCCACUCGAUCCCACCUGGUUUUGGUGACUGCAGUGGAGGUGGCAAUGGACCACAAACCGUCUCAUAGAGAGAUGACCAGCGUCCUCCUUGCUGAUCUCUAUGGUCAUCUGCUGUAUGAGACAGACUAUGCCAAAGGUUAUGACGUGCUCAUAAAAAACCUGAGCGACCUAGUGCUGGACACUCCGGAUGCUCCAACUAUUCUCGGCAACUUUAUUGCCAGGUCAAUUGCUGAUGAUUGCAUACCUCCAAAGUUCCUCCAGAGUUAUAAAGGCAAGGUCGAUUCUGAUCAUGCUGUUGUUACACUAGCCCGAUCAGAUAGCUUAUUGUCCAUGAGACAUGGCCUCGUUAGGCUUGACAAUGUUUGGGGCGUGGGAGGUGGUACGCGUCCUGUUAAGUACCUGGUCAAGAAGAUGGUUUUGUUGUUGCAAGAAUACCUCUCUUCUUCUGAUAUUGCAGAGGCCACCAGAUGCCUUAUGGAGUUGGAAGUGCCUCAUUUCCAUCAUGAGUUGGUGUAUGAAGCUGUAGUAAUGGUGAUAGAGAACAUGGAUGAACGCACUGCAAAAAUGAUGUGCGAUCUGUUGGAGUCCAUGCAUCGAUCCAUCAUUAUUACUCCAACCCAGAUGAAAGCAGGGUUCGUAAGGGUAUAUGAAGAUAUGCCACAAAUUUGUGUUGAUGUUCCACCUGCGUAUACUAUUUUGGAGAAGUUUGUGAUGAAGUGCCAAGUUGCAAAGGUGAUUGGAGAUGAUGUUGUCAAGAAAUUACCUGUGAGAGGACGCAAACGUUUUGUAUCAGAAGGCGACGGUGGACGGGUUAAAGAUGACGCUUACUUUUAAAAGAAAAAUUAAUAUGGACCACACCUGGAUUUUACAGUGCAGUUUCAGUAACUAAUACUGAAAUUAGAUUAAAAUCAUCACUAUAGUAGUGACACAAUGGAAGUUGACUUAGGUUAACCCAGGGUAGUUGUGGUAAAUGAAAUUUUGUGACAUCUGUGCAGUCUGUUAAGGAAUGACGUCUUCUAGUUCUGAUAGAUUGUAUGCUAGUUUUGUUGGUCCAGGGAGAAUGUGUUAUGAGUACCAUGUGAUGAAUGGUAAAAAUGUUUCUCCUCAUGUUAAUUAUAUUGAGUUUAUAUACAAAAUGUAUAAAAAAAAAACCAUAAAGUGAACAUGCAAUCAAUUUCUCCAAAAGAAAAAAAAAAAGCUGGAGUCAGGUAGUGUGUUGCUUCCUUAUGUCCUGCACCUAUGCUUCAAGUAAUCCUUAGAAGAAGGUAUUGAUUGUUCAGACCUGAACAAUGUCUUAUAAUUUGGUACAUGUAAAUUGGAAACUGCUCUCAAUUAUAUCAAGUGUCUGUCUUCCUCUAAGGAUCCUUAUGAAUUAGCUUGCUCGUAAUGAGCCUUUCACCAUCGUGGUCUGGAAUUGGCAAUUCAUUUUGCUUGGACACUAUAAUUUAAAGAAGUAACAAUAUACCCUAUUGUAAUCUGGACAUGGUCAACUUGAAACCAACACCACGUUGGUGCACUGUAAGCUUUAUUUGUAACCUACCUGAUCGUACCUGUGUAUCAUGCAUAUACUCUGCAUGUAGUGAAUGAUUCGUUGCUCACUUGUGAAUACUAUUUUUUCUAUUAUGAAAAAAAAUAAGGGGAGAGAGAUGUAUUGUGGUUGACUGAAUAUUUCAACUUGUGUAUGUUAUUAAAACACUGCCGAGCUGAGCAUGUGUUAAAAGUACAAGACUUAGUUUGAGCAAACAAAAAAAAAAAAAAAAUAGAAAAAAAACUUUCAAAUACAUGAAACAUAUAUCUCUGGUCAUCCCUUUGAAGAGGGACCAGGGAAGAGGAUUGGUAUUGCUUGUCAAGAUGGGUGCAUAGUGGGGGCAUUUUCCAAGUUUUGUAUGCAUAGUUAGGGCAUUUUACCUUUUUUCUGUUUUAGAAAAAACCUUUAAAUGCAUUUUGUUCAUAGUUUCAGUGUCGAGAUUUUACUUUCAAGAAGGUAUAAUUUUUUGUUUUUGUUUUACAGACUACACAUUAUUGAUCUUGCUGUCAGUAUGCAUCUGUUUGAUAAGGUAUAGUUAAUAUCUUGGGAAUCAUAAAAUAAUGCACAAAAAAGCACAAAAAAAUUGUAAAAUGGAAAAUGUUAAAUAAAAAUUGAAAAAUUUUA